AUGGAAUAUCCUGAUUCACUCCCAAUUCAUAUGCUGAACCAUGACACAAUGUCUCAACUUUGCAACAUUCUGGACGCUCAUGAUGUUUGGGAAGAAUUGAUAUCACAUAUGCCAGAAAUAUCAAUGAUAGACGUGGAUGGCUGUAAAAAGUUCAAAGCUGAAGGAAGUCCAUCAUGGUACUUGUUGAGAAUAUGGGGAAGCAAAGGCUAUACAAUAGCUGAUUUGUAUACUGUAUUCGCGCUAGCGAAACUUUUGAGAUGUAUGAAAAUCAUUCGAAGCCAUGUUCCCAACAAAUAUCAUCAUAUUGAAGACUCGCUUAUCAGUAGUGGAUCAAUCUCCAAAUCUCUUUUAGCUCCAAGCACCGAUUAUAAAUCUGAUUUUACACUGCCAAAAAUAAGUGAGGUAACCAAUUCACUAUCGAGUUUGAGUGGCUUGAAAGAGACUCAAAGUGAAAUCAAGAACACAUCAACUUCCGGAUCUAGCUCCACCGAAGACUCUCUGUUAGUGGCUUUACAAAAUACUUUAUCUGUGACGUAUGAAGAAUUAGAGCUUGCAACAAAUAAGUUUUCUCCCGAAAAUAUUUUGGGUAAAGGUGGAUAUGGAGUUGUUUAUAAAGGAGAAUGGAAACAAAUGAAUAUAGCAGUUAAACGAAUCAACGCCACCGUUGAUAAGGGAGUCAGAUAUGAGAAAGAGAGAGUCCGGCAAAGCCUCCAAGAACUGCGCACAUUAGCUAAAUAUAGACACGAAAAUAUUUUGCCCUUAUAUGCUUUCUGUCUCGAAAGUGAAGAGCCUUGUCUAGUUUACAUGUAUAUGGCGAACGGAUCUCUGGAGGACAGAUUGUUAUGCAAGAGAGGGACCACAGCUCUAACCUGGCAACAGCGUUGGAAUAUUGCAGAAGGAACUGCCCGAGGGUUACUAUAUCUUCAUACAACAGACAAAAAUCCAAUUAUUCACGGAGAUGUAAAGUCGGCUAAUAUACUGCUGGACAAACAUUUGGAACCGAAAAUUGGAGACUUCGGUUUGAGUAGAGAUGGUCAGGUGGAAGUUGCGAGUGAUGAGAAGUCACCGUUAAUUGCUUCUCAUAUCAAAGGAACUUUAGCUUAUUUGCCACCUGAGUUCAUAACAAGUAAAAUAUUGUCAACGAAAUUAGAUGUUUAUAGUUAUGGGAUAGUACUGCUUGAAAUGGCAACAGGUUUACGGGCAUAUGCAGAAAACAGAAAACCGUACAUCUUACUGGAUUACGUGUAUGAAAUUCAAUCCAGUAUAGUGCGAGGGAAGGGAAAUCUGCGAGAGAAAAUGAAAGACACCUUAAUGGACAAGAAACAAUUUUGUUUUUCAAACGAUAGCAAGGACACGUUCUCGUUUCAUGAACUAUUGAAACUGGGCAUGUGGUGCUCUCAGAAAGAACGAAGUACAAGACCUAGUUUUCAAGAGGUCACCAGCAUGCUACCAACCAUUUUAGCGAAAGCGGAUCGUAAUUAA